AUGGCUAAUAGGAGGUUUUCUUCUGUUCGAGCAUUUAACUAUGUAUUGAGAGCUUUAUUUUUCAGGGAUUUUGUUGCUAAUUUUGGAGGUGGGAAGAAAAGCAAAACUCUAGGCAGCCAGCCUCAGUUUGGCCCCAACAUCUGUCUGCUAUCGGCAACGGUAUCAAGAGGGUCAGGGCUUCAAGAUUGUUCCAAACAUCAAACGAAAUCAGAUCAUAGCCAUGAUGAAAUAUCAGACUCGUAUAGCCACAAAUCAAAUAGUACAAACAACUCCUGUCUUAUAUCAUCAUCCAAGAGAAGCAGACUUGUCAGUAUUCCAUGGGGUCAGCUGAGGCUGGCCCAAGACAUAUCUAAAAUGCCCCCAAAGAAUUAAAUGUCCCCAUAAAUGAUUAGGGUAACAGUUUACAAAAAUGGAGCUGGAGUAGCCUUUGCCAAAGUUGUGGUACCUACUAUUACCCUGCUUCUGGAGAAGGGUACUCCAAAGCUGAAACGGAACAUGGCUGCUGGAGCAUUCUUGGCAGACAGUGCGGAAGCACUAGAUCCUGCAGACAGACCCCACGAUGUCGACGUUUCUGUUUCAACUGAAGAACCUUUUUUAGAUCCAAUGGAUGCAGAUGUCCGUAUAGGAUGUGUGGAUCUGCCUGUCUGUCUGGCCAGUUCAUCUUUCACUAAGCUGAAUGAUUCCAAAAACCAUCUGUUGUUAAUGAAGAAAGUAACUUGGAUAGUAAAUGGCCUGAUGUUGCCCACUGAUGUCAAAAGAGGGAAAACCAAGUAUCUGCUUUCUAAUAGAAUGAAGAAACAGAGUGAGGAGAUUUCAGUAUCAACUUGGGCUUUUCAGAAUGGCAGGGGUCAGGAUGGGUGUGACAUAACAAUGGGGCAGGAGGCACUGACACAGGUACUAUUUGCUAAAUACAACCUUUCUCAGAGACUUACAAGUGAUUUCCAAUUUUCUAUGGUUCUUUUGUCAUUAGAGAGUUCUCUGCUUGAAAAGCGCCUGCAAAAUUCCAUCAUACCUUUGCAGGGACUUGUUUGGGUGGAUAAGGGAGAAGGUUCCAGCCCCUCAGGAGCUAAGAUGUACAUUCAAGAAGUUCUAUUGGCCUUGCACCAACGAUUAAAGUCUGCAAAAAACUAUUGUAAACAGAUGCUUAUUAAAUUUGAAUGA